AACGAUGUGUUUGAUGACAAGAUUGAUCGACUCAGAAGCACAACCACUGUCUCUAGGAAAUACCCCAACAAUCAUUCUCCGCUUCCUUCGUUCGUCGCCCAUAGAACCACUUAGCUGGGGCCAGAUGCCAAGCCAAAACAAGCCAGGCCACGAUGAAUCUGAAUGCCCGGCCAUCGAAUUGCCUCGGGAACAAGAACGACAGUAAAAGCCACAACAACGACAUCAACAGACGGAAUAAGACCCACCGCCAACUCCACCGGUAUCCGUACUCGCACUCGCACUCGCAUUCGCAUCAUCUGGUUGCCGGUGCAAUCGCCACGGUGUGGAUGCUGUCGUUCUUCGUUGCGCACCGCACGACGCACUGCCACGGAUUCCGGUUUCGCGUUGUCGGCGGCUGGAAGAACCGGUACAGGGCUUCUUCUUUUUCUUCUUCAAAGCCGGCCUUGGCACAGCUCUGGKCGCAACCGAUACGGACCACCGCGACGGCUAGGACGCCAUUCCCUGCACAAAGAAUCACCGCCACACCGCCGCUGCGAUGCCCUGGUGGAUCGGAGGGAGUCCCUGUCGCGGCGAGGACGAGGGCCCUGCAUUCCUCCUCCACCGCUGAAACAGAAACCAGCAACGGCGGYGAGGGGGGGAAACCAAUCGGUGCCAAUGCGACAGACGCGGCUCUGUACCGGCAAUUCAGGGACCUGUCGAUCGAAAUCCGAACCCACGACGAGUUGUACUAUGGCGGCAGCGGCAGCGGAGCGAAUGGCCCCGCGCCCAUUUCCGACGACGCCUUCGAUGCCCUGGUCCGCCGCGAGGAAGAGCUGGAGGAGAARCACCCGGAAUUUGUCGAAACCUGGAGGAUCGAAUCGGGGCUGGGAAUGGCCGCUACCCGCAGCGGGCGCGUGGGGAUGCCGAUGGAUGCAAAAGCCGCGGGGACGCAAAGCGGUGCAUCGAGCGGCAGGGGCUCCGCUCGUCUGAAGCGAAAGCACUUGUCGCCCAUGCUGUCGCUGGACAACGUCCUCGGCGAGGAGCAGCUCCACGGCUGGCUGAAAAGGGUCGUCAAGGCGACAAACRCACUAGAUUUCGAAGAAGGAACCGAUUCGAUGUCCUCGGUAUCGAUCGUCACCGAGCCCAAGCUCGACGGGGUCAGCCUCUCGCUGCGGUACGAAUCGRAAGGGAACGCCGCGGUCGGCGGGACGGYAGAACUCGAGCUGCGGUGGGCCUCGACGCGGGGCGACGGGAAGACCGGGCAGGACGCCACGGCCGCUGCGCACCAGAUGCCGGGGAUUCCGGCCCRUCUGUGCCURCCAGAGGCGGCGCUGUUCCGCAGCGGUGCUUCCGACACAGACGAGUCCGGAGUUGCCGUGGAGGUGAGGGGGGAGGUCGUCCUGCCCCGGUCGGACUUCCUUCGCAUGAAACGGACCGAGGCCGCGGAAGCGGAAGCGUCUCGGCUCCGGCAAAACACCACGGCGGAUUMUGCGGCGGACAACGACGGCGGCGGAGAGGCACCGAAUCCGGAAAAGGCCAAGGCAAAGACCSUUGUCUCGUUCUCAAAUCCMCGCAACGCCGCAUCYGGGAUUUUGCUGCGCAAGGAGUCCGAUGAUUCCGAGGACGAAUCCCARUCGAGGGAGCUUAGGUCGCUUCUCCGAUUCUACGCCUACGAUGUUACCGGCUUGCAAAAGACGGAAUCGGCACGAACGGUGCUAGYCACAGAAUCGUCACCGACAACAACAGACGGGAUAGGAAUCCGGGAGCAGUUGUCGGACUGGGGAUUUUCCGUGGCUCUGCCGGCGGCAAUCACCGAGAUCGAGUGGAACCACGAGGAUAUGGUGGCCAAAACGAUGGACGCAGCAGCUAACGAAGACGACGAAUCGGAACCUGCCUUGGCCUGGGACGAAUGGUUUCGAGAAGUGAUUCUCGAGGAGCAAGUGCGACCGAUAAUGGAGUAUUUCUCGGCCCUCGAGACACACAGAGAAAACCUGCAGAAAGAAAACAACCAUUUGUUGUCUCCAUCGCGACGCACUACGAGCCAGGAAUCGAAAGAGUCAAAACCCACAGCCAACCGCAGGCGAAACAAAGCACGCCCUCCGGCUUCUACGGAGUACGAGUGGGGAGAUUUCGACGUCGAUGGCUGCGUCCACAAGGUAUCCCAGGCGAGGAUCAAAUCCGCCAUGGGCUCCUCCAUGAAGAGCCCCAGGUGGGCCACCGCCCACAAAUUUCCGGCCCAGUCCGCCGUGUCACGAUUGCUAGACGUCGUAGUACAGGUUGGCAGAACCGGAGCCCUGACCCCGGUAGCGGUUCUGGAACCAACCGAGGUGGGUGGUGUUGUGGUUCAACGUGCCACGCUGCACAACUUCGGCCACAUGCAAGAAAUACUGGGGAGCGGGGACUCGGAGGAUGCUUGCAACGAUAAAAACAACGGUGUCGAUGCUGCGGACGGAGACAACAAGGAUCUAGCGAGGAUUCYAAGGUACGAGUCAGUGCUGCUGCAGCGUGCGGGAGACGUCAUCCCGCAGGUUGUUCGAAGGAUCCCAAGCCAUGCUCCGUCGUCCGAUGCCGAUGUUAGUACUGGCGACGACGAGGACAUCUCCUCCUGGAUCUCGCUAGAACCUCCCGAAAAGUGCCCGUUUUGUUCAUCGCCGGUAUCCUAUGAGACAACCGGAUCGACGGCGUCUUCGGUGGGGCAGGUUAUACGCUGCAGUGGGCCACCCCUACUAUGUCCCCCUAGGGCCGUGACUUCACUGAAACACGCCUUUUCCAGAGAUGCGCUGGACCUGACCGGAUUAUCGGAAGCCCGGAUCCAGCAGCUCAUGGACGCCGACCUUCUGCGGUAUCCGUCCGAUGUCUUUGAAAUGGGGGACACCGAGUGGGAAAGCGUUGCCAGUCUUCCGGGAUGGGGACAAAAGUCCUGCCAAAACCUCCGCGACACCAGCACAAGGAUCAGUUCCGAUGGGAUCUCCCUGGGCCGUUUCAUCUAUUCACUGGGGAUACGCCACGUGGGUAAACAUACCUCRGAACUAGUUGCCGAAUCCUACGGAUCCAUCGGGGCUUUCUUGGAAGCGCUGGACUCGGCAGCUGAAGGUUAUCGAGAGCCCCGCGGUGUCUUCGACAAGGAAGGGUCCUUAAAAGAAAAAGAAGUGCAAGAAGAAGAAGAAGAAACCACUGAGUCGCCGCAAGAAGAUCAUUGGCAUCCUUUCCCGAAGCUGGGAAAUAAGAACGGGAUCGGGCCUGUGGUGAUUGAAUCCCUCCUCGUUUUUGCGAGAACAGAAGAGCUCAAAAAUGCCACAAAAAAUCUCGCCAAUGCCCUGACCAUCUCCGAACAAGAGGUAGUGGUGGAUGAAACGGUGGACGCUUCUUCUUCAUCCCUAGAAACCAACGCGAAAGCCAAUGUGGAUCCGAGCAAGCCCUGGAAGGGGCUCCGUGUCGUAUUCACGGGAUCUAUAGGUGGGGGACUGACAAGAUCCGGAGCGCAAGAUAUUGCGAAACGACUUGGAGCGAAAGCAACUCCCGGCAGCGUUAGUAAAUCAACAGACCUGGUGGUCUGCGGAGAGAAAGGCGGCAAAAAACUGAAGCAGGCACGGGAUCUGGGCAUUCCGACCCUAGAGGCCGACGAAUUCGCUACCCUGGCACGAGAAAAUGGAUUGCUUUGAGCUAUUACURCCCUGUUAAUCGAAAUGCAGCAGAAUAGUACCGUUGAGUUUUUUCAAAAGUUAACAAUUUUCAACACGCUAUUCUACUAAAACUAAAUAAUAAUGCAACGAUGAAAGUGUAACAGAACRUCAGAGAACAAUAGCUGAUUCAAAAAUACAUCUCUGUAGCCGAAUCGUAUUUUAUGACAAUAUUUUCAAUUAACGGAAGAGUAUGAAAGCAGCACAGGWGUAUGUAUCUCGCUGGAAAUCUUUUCGGCACCCGUUUCGCGACUCAUGGUUGUCGGAWAGAAACACUUUACGUUUUCAUUAUUCUACCAUAAGUCGCGAAUUAUCUUACGCGAGAAUCGAGUUUUGCAACGAGAAAUGGCCGAGCUUUUUCGAAAAAGCCUUUCACACCACACUCGACUCCGUAAAACCGAAGAAAGGACRACAACGUUAUUKUUGUGAUCCUAAAUCACGAGUAGAUUGUGAAUAAGCUCACUCUUUAUUGUAAACACGUAUUCAUACGGUAGACGAUAUCAUUCCACGAACGACUACCCCGGAGUGUCCAGCUACACCAGGCRGUUGGAUUUGCCGCAUCGGUGCAGUAUAGGUUUCUUCCUCCGUUKCGACGUUUCUCUGCUACGAUGAGCUUUCAAUUUAGCAAACCCAAAGCAUGUUUAUAUGGCUCUGAUCCUCGAUGUUUAUAUAUGGCUCUCAACUUGAUGAUUGAUGAUUAGCCGUACCAUAGAACAGUUUAGAACAUAAACUCAUUUUUGUCGAGAUUAGGCUGUUGUAAAAAUGUAUCUUGGACUCAUUUGGAGUGAAACUUGAGUUUCCAUGAAAAUAAUAUUUCAAGACUGUAUGAAAUAAGGUGUGACGACCGACGAGUCACAAUUCUUUUUUUAUCGUGGCAAUGAGUGUCCCAAUGAACGAGACUAGGGUUUUUAAAAUAUUCCAACUUUWAGUAUUGCAUUCUCCUUUGGGCUAUUAUUAUUUCUCAUAUUAUUGCUGUUCGUCUUACAUCAUAAGCCCAUUAUAACGAUGGAUGACAAUGAUGAAGUCACGGUAUUGAAACAUUGGUCUCAAAGAAUUAGAACCAAAAUAAAAUCGUCUACAAACCGACGGCACAUACUGUCCCUACGGUGUCGCACGACAAUGCGGAUGUUGUUUGGUCGAUGUCUCUGAGGAAAAAUGCACGCACGACACAUCAUGCCAAAUUAACAGAGGAAACAUUCAAAAGUAAAGACAGUACUAUCUGUACGGUAUUUUACGACACUGCGGAUGCUAUUGUCUGCGUCCACGGUUCUUUCCGUCUCGUAACGUCUUGACUCUUCUUUGCCAAUGCAUGCAGAAUAGGAAGGAAAUUAAAGAAUACUGAAAAAAGAGUACCGUAUCAAGGGUGCGAUUUUGAAAUAGUAAAUUGUGAUCAAGAGAUCACUGAAUCGAAUCCAAUCGGCGGCGGCGCCGGAAAAUACAACGAAAACGAACCACCAGCUAAAGACACUAGAAGCGGCAGAGAGCGAGAGUAAUUCAAAUUCGAUUGSCUAUAUAGCCGUAAUUUUAUACAACUCA